GAGUAUAUAACACUGUUAAUAACACCAUAAACACACAGGAAGACCAUAACACACAAGAAGACCAUAGCCAGCCAUGGCUGAUACAAAGAUAUUUACUACGGGCUUUCUCUUUUCAGCUGCUGUUUUUUUUCUGGUCAUUUGGCAAUGUGAGUGCACAGAGAUUAUUGGUGGAAGAGAAGCUAUUGCGCAUUCAAGACCAUACAUGGUUGCUCUAUACCUAAAGCAAAAAAAAAUUAAAACCAUAUGUGGUGGAGUUUUGAUAAAACCCAGCUGGGUAUUAACCGCAGCUCACUGUGAAAUAACAAAUAACACUAAGAUCAUUGUUGGUGCCCACUCACUUUCCGCCAGGGAAAGCCAGAAGCAGAUAGUCCACAUGAUCAGGAAAUUCCAGCAUAAGAACUUCAGGAGAGAGACAUUUGAUUAUGAUGUUCAGCUAUUACAGUUGUCUAAAGAUGCAGUGCUUGGAACCGAUGUCAGUGUUUUACCAUUACCAGCAAAGUGUAAGCUGCUGAAACCCGGGACUGUGUGUGAAACAGCGGGAUGGGGAACAACCACUAAUGACCAGAACCUAAUUUCAGAUAAACUAAUGGAAGUCAAUGUAACAAUAAUGGCUAGAAAACCAUGCAUUGAAAAAUGGAAAUCUCUUAUCAAUAUAACCAGGAAUAUGAUCUGUACCAGCGAGAAGUCAGAAGUGAAGGGGACGUGUGUUGGAGAUUCUGGGGGACCUUUGAUUUGUAAUGGAGCUUUAACAGGACUCACAUCUUUUGGCAACCUGGAGUGCGCUACUCCUGGGGAUGCAAGUGUAUACACGAAACUCAACAGGAAGAUCGUCCUCUGGAUUAAAAAAAUAAUUACUGGCGUGUCUUCAAACUUAUUUUAAUGUGACAAUAUAUAUAUAUAUAUAUAUAUAUAUAUUUUUUUUUCUAUUUUUUUUUCUUUCUGAUUUCAUUUUUACUAUCAAUAAAAUACCAAUAUUGUUUUUAUUCUCAUGCGCUGGAUUAAUAAAAUAAUUACUGCCAUGUCUUCAAAUUUAUAUUAAUGUGACAAUAUAUAUAUA